CUCAAGUAUCCAUAUAUCCAAAUAUACUUGCUUAAACGUAGUCGAGCUGUGAAAAUAACGCCUGGAUGUUUUUGUUCAUGGAUGGUCGGGUCUUGUGACUGCACUAAGCGCGCUAUCCUGGGAUGUCAUUGAACCUGCUUCUCAUAUGGGAAUUUGAAGGAAACAGCCUUGCUCCCUCCUGACUUCAAGAUUCACACUGGGUUCACACUGACAUUAGGAACAGAAAAAAUAAUCUUCAGAUAGGCUACUUAAAUGUCACAUUUGCAUGAGGACAUUUCAAACUGCUUUACUUUUUUCAGUAGCCUAACUUUUUAAGUCUACAUACGGCCAUGGAAUACUGCAUUUUCUGCAUUGCAAAGCUAAUCUCAGCACAGAUAUAGGCUACACUGAUCGCUGUCCUAAUAUGGCCUUUAACCAAAUACCUAAGACAUAUGAUUAUUAACAUGCUGUAGUCUACUUAGGAUGUUUUAAAGCCUCAUAUGAACUCUAACGCUUACAGACAAGCAAUAAAGAUGUUGUACUGGGCGACACCAAGCGGUGUGUUUUCAAACUACAAGUACUAUCGCCUUACCCCCACACAUCCAAGGUAGACUAAAAACACAUUUUUACACUUGGUAUCUAGGCCUACGUCAAUUAAUAUGAUUAGAAUUAAGCUCUGUGAUAUAUAUAAUAUAUCUAUAUUUAAUGAAAAUGAAUUUUCGCUUACCUGUUGUUAAGAUGUCAAAAUGUCACGUUCAUACUGGGGACUGAAUAACUCACAAUAAACUAAUAAUAAAGUUAGUUUACAACUAACAACUAAUAAUUUGGUCACACUGUUUGUUCCACUUGAAACUCUCCUCGAAUAAUAUGACGUUUACCUUUAUUGAUCCAAUAAGAAGCCAUACAUUUAUAUUGUUACAGUUAAUAUUUUGAACUUACGUAACUGUCAACGGUAAUAAAUGACAUUUCCAUUAAUAUUACAUUUUAUUGAACGAGUGUAGACCUACAUGCCAACAACAUCAAGUGUACAUCAAUGACCUCUGUAAGGCAAAACGUUGAUGUAAUUCAAUUACCGGGCCAAAUUUCCGUUUGACAUUUGAUCUUUCUACCGUUCUACGUAACCGUUACCUUAGAAACAACUUGAGUUGACAACAACUUUCAGGCAAGUUAGUCAGCCAUGUAUCCAACUUCCCACUGCUCUAGAAAUGAGUUGAAUUCAGGAGUCACAUUAUUUGUUGUCGGGACUGUCGUUCUAACUGUUAAAAACUUUAUCUUUACUCCCCAAAAGUGAAUGUUUUGACUACCGCUACAGACUCUUAUUGUGAUAGACGUGGAGAGGAAAUGCUCUAACUCCUACGAUACAAACAAACCGAAGGGAUUUUAGCAAACGAUGUCGCACAGCACAUACAAUACACUCUGGUCUGAAGCUCACGAGGAGCUCAGCUGUUUGCUGGAUGAAGAACUCCCAGAAGAACCUCUCCGUCCUGAGAGAGACAGAGUGGUGUUCUUCCAAAGGCUCGCCACCUUCUAUGUCCGCUAUGUGCAGAUCUUCAGGCAGCUGGAAGAGGCCUAUGACCAAAGCGUUCAUCCCCAAAAGAGGCGUGUGAUUAGGCAGGUGCUGGACAGUGUGAUGGGCCGUGUUUUGGAGCUCAAGAACGAAAUGGUGGAAAAGGAAUUUUCUGAGUACCACUACAUGGAUGACAUCAUCCAAGACCUGAAACUUACCCCUGAGGACCUUGAGAUUCCAGUUCCCAGGUAUUUCAUUUGGGAGCGGAACAAAGUGCUGCAGGACAGAGAAAGAAUGUUUGCUGCUAUAUUGAACCAAAUGGAUGUGACAGAAAAGCCUCCUGUAAUGCGCAUGUUGACUCUGGAGAGGGCCAUUAAAAUCAUCCAAGUGGCUGAAAGAGCACGGCAAGGCCGACUGAGGGCAAAGUUCAUGAGAGAGAUCCAUAGAGACUCUGAGAGACAGAGGAGAGCUGAGGAACAAGAGGCAGUGAGCACUGACCAGGCCGCAGUUUGUAUCCAGAAGGUGUGGAGAGGUUUCAUGCAAAGAAAAAUUACAAAAAGGCUGCGUGAAGAGGAAAUGAUAUUUCUUGGAAUGGCCAUGGAUCCAAAACUGUCCUAUCCAUCCCAAACCGAGCUGGAUGCUCUAAGUAAUGAGGCCAACAGGCGGACCAGACAAGACGAACAUGAAGAUGACUAUCAGAAAUCUAUUGGAUCUGUAAUUUAUCAGCUCAAGGAAGUGGAGGGCCCAGAAAUGAAGGAGACCAUGAAAGAUCAGAUCCGACAGUGGUUCAUAGAGUGCCGUGAUGCAACAGGCUCAUUUCCUGACUACCCAGAGGAGGAGGAUGGAGGCUCAGCUCUUAUAUUCUCAGAGAAAACACCUGAGGAGCUGGCAGAAGAACUGGCAGCAAAGGAGGAGGAAGAUGCCAACAAAAAGCCAAAGGGCAAGGAGGAGACAAAAGAAAAAGGAAAGAAAGAAAAAGUCAAUGACGAGGAGGAAGAGCCUGGACUGAAGAUGCUACCAUCUGCCUAUCUGGAAGAUCUUGAGAGGGGACACAAGACAUUUUCUGAGGUUUGGAAAAACAGAAACGAGAUCAAGAAUUUCAGUCAAAGACAUGAGCUGGAGCUGAUCAAGGAGGAAAAAAGAAAAGAGAUUGAGGUGGAAAUAAGAAAACAGGUGGAUGAACUGAUGAGACAAGAACUUGCUAAUUGGAAGCUGGCUGUGGAUAAAGAAAAAAGCGGAAAGGUCAAGGGUGCUGCAAAAAAAAAGAAGGCAUCAAAAAGUGGAAAGAAAAAGAAGAAGGACAAAGACCUUACAGCGGAUAGGACUAUUGAGUCACUGUUUGAAGAGCUGGUUGAACAGGAAUUGCUGAAAAAGGCAGAUAAUGUUAAACUAAAAGAUUAUCUAGGGGACUAUAGCUAUCUCGGCACAACUCUACGACAGUCUGACAUUGAGCCUAUGCCUUCCUUAUCUGAUGUUCGGCAAAUUGUAGCACUUUAUGCUGUCUUACCAUUAGGAUCCCAAGCAGUGCAUGAAAAGGCUCCCCUGGUGAAGACCAUGUUGCUAGUAGGUCCGAAUGGUGUGGGUAAGAAAAUGUUGGUCCAUGCCAUCUGCCAGGAGACUGGAGCCAAUCUGUUUGACCUUUCACCUUUAAACGUGGCUGGAAAAUACCCUGGCAAGAGUGGAUUGCAGAUGAUGCUGCAUGUGGUGUUUAAGGUUGCCAGACUGAUGCAGCCUUCUGUAAUAUGGAUUGGAGAAGCUGAAAAGAUGUUUUACAAAAAAGUACCAAAAGAGGAGAAGGAGUUGGAUCCGAAACGUCUGAAGAAAGAUUUACCCAAGAUCCUUAAGUCCAUCAAAGGAGAAGAUUGUGUGUUAAUAGUAGGAACGACAAGUGAUCCACACAGUGCAGACCUGAAAUCCUUGUGUAAAUUCUACAAUAAGAUCAUCCUCAUACCUCGGCCAGACUAUGCUUCAAGAUACGUAAUGUGGAAAGAGCUGAUAAAAAAGAAUGGAGGAGAAGUAACCAGUGACCUUGACCUCAGUUCCCUGGCAAAGAUCUCUGAUGGCUACACACAAGGUCACAUGGUACAGGUGGUGCGUAACAUCUUGACCGAACGGCGCAUUCAGCAAUUUCCUAAACGUCCACUGACUGCCUCAGAGUUUGUGUCUCCACUUGCAAGAAUUGACCCUGUGUUUCAGGAGGAAGAAGAGGCAUUAAAAAAUUGGUAUGCCAAGACUCCCCUUGGAAAGAAGAGAAUUAAAGCUGCCUCAGGGAAAGAGGGUGAUGAAGAGUCCUCAAAAACAGGGAGCAAAGGUGGCAAGAAGAAAGGAAAAAAGUAACAAUAUAAGUGUUAACAUGAGCAACCAUAGUACCACAUUUCCCUGCCUUUACCAAUAAAUGUAUCAGUUUUCUUAUGACAUCA